AGCAGCAGCAGCAGCACCUCUCUCAGUCGAGCUGCGGGACUCCAGGCUCUCACUUCCCCAGCUGCUGACGUCAGCUGGCAGCCUGGGCUGUGCUCGCCGCUCCGGACAUAGCGCCGAGAAAAAUGCUGCUCUCCGUACCGCCAAGGGCAGGAAUCAACCCAUACAACGGCUAUAACAGCAGAAACAGCAAAAAGCAGGCCUAUGUGUCCUCCGGCCACCAGAUGGCGCCCCCCAGUCCCAACACCAACAGUAGUAGCAACAGCAGUGGUGGAGGAGGGGAACAGUUGAGUAAAACCAACCUGUAUAUCCGAGGCCUCCACCCGGGGACCACAGACCAAGAUCUGGUCAAGCUCUGCCAACCGUAUGGCAAAAUUGUGUCCACCAAGGCCAUCUUGGAUAAAACCACCAACAAAUGUAAAGGUUAUGGCUUUGUGGACUUUGACAGCCCAGCAGCUGCACAGAAAGCUGUUACAGCUCUGAAAUCUAGUGGAGUCCAGGCUCAGAUGGCCAAACAACAGGAGCAGGACCCCACCAACCUCUACAUCUCCAACCUGCCAGUGUCCAUGGAUGAGCAAGAGCUCGAGGGCAUGCUCAAGUCCUUUGGCCAGGUCAUUUCCACACGCAUCCUCCGAGAUGCCAACGGGACCAGUCGCGGUGUUGGAUUUGCCAGAAUGGAGUCCACAGAGAAGUGCGAGGCCAUAAUUCAGCAUUUCAAUGGCAAAUUCAUCAAGACUCCACCGGGAGUGCCUGUGCCCACAGAGCCCUUAUUAUGUAAGUUUGCAGACGGAGGUCAGAAGAAGAGGCAAAACCAGGGAAAGUAUCUCCAAAAUGGAAGGCCCUGGGCUAGAGAUGGAGACACGGGAGGAAUGACGCUUGCCUAUGACCCCGCAGCCUUACAAAAUGGCUUCUACUCCUCACCCUACAGUCUGGCUCCAAACCGAAUGAUUCCUCAGACUUCCCUCUCGCCCUACAUGCAUUCUCCUGUUUCUUCCUACCAGGUACACAGCCCGUCCUGGAUGCACCAUCAAUCAUACCUCAUGCAGCCAGCUGGUACAGUCCUCACCCCAACGAUGGAUCAUGCUAUGUCCAUCCAGCCCACGUCCAUGAUGGGACCCCUCACACAGCAACUAAGCCACCUGUCCCUGGGCAGCACGGGCACAUAUAUUCCGGCCAACACAACUAUGCAGGGGACUUACAUUCCCCAGUACACCCCAGUGCCUCCCUCCAAUGUCCCAGUAGAGGAAAAUGGUGGUCAACAGCAACAGGUUGCUAUGGAGACUCCCGCAGAACACACAAACUACUCAUACCAACACACCAAGUGAAGCUAAGGGUGGGGUCGAGGGCACGAAAUGAAUCCAACCAAACCGGAUUCAGCUGGAGGAGGUGUGUGCUCCAUAACCAUCACCAAGCACCCGGACUUGAACAUGGAUAACAAAAGGAACAUGUGUGAAUGAGUUUGUGUGUGUGUUUGUUUGUUUGUUGGUGUGUGUGUGUGUGUCUGUAUUUUUUGUUUUUUAAAGAAAAAGGACAACACUUUACGUCAUUGGACUUUCUUUCUGCUCACAUGCUCAAGAGUUGAUCAACCAAAGGUGGGAUUCUUCUUCUCCAGAGAAGCUCUGAUCUAUUUUGAUAACUGAAAAAAGGAACAUAACAACAGGAGAUUUAAAAAAAAAGAAAGAAAAUAAAAAAUGUAGGAGAGGAAGAAAAGACGCAGAGCAUUAUUUUUGUGCACGUAAUAUAACAAAUUCUUAUUUUUAAUUGAACAUUCUGGACGUUACAGAGUGAUUCAUGGAAGAUUUGAAACACAAUGUGUCUUUUACUUUUUUGUGUUUUGUUUUUUUUGUAAAAUAUGCAAACUUUUAUUUUUAUUUCCUGAUGUCUGUUGUUUGACAUUCUGUGUGCAGCAGCAGGGGGUGGGAUGGGGUGGGAUGGGGUGGGGGGCAACACUUUGUACAGACUUUAGAAACCUUAAAAACACUUUUUUGCUGGGCUGAUGAGUCAUUCUAACCGUGGGAGGUAAACCGUUUAAAGCUACUUCUUCCUGUAACUGCUGCAGAGAUUUCUAUUCACGCACAGAUGGUGGUAACAUCAACUGUUUAUAGUUUUAGUCAGAUUUUUUUUUUUUUUUUUUAUUACUUUAAAUCAUUAUUUCAUAAAUGAACAAGACAAUCAAUUAUUUAUAUUUAUAUUUGAAUUAAAGUUCUAUUUUUUUUAGAUCAGAGUUUUUAGAUCAUUGAAGCAUACAUUUAUAGAAAAGAAGUUAUUUAAUACUGUAGGUGAAAUGGACUUAAAGAUCUUUACCCUGUUAAUUAAUGAGCUCUAAUAUUUCACUCCAUGUGAGGUUGUUCAUGCUAACAGUUUAGUUUUAAAGUAACACCACGUUACUCCCAUGUCUACGAGAAGUGGUUUUAAGCGGUUUUGUUGCGGCGAACCAUCAGGUGUCACUAAAUUCAUCCUCUGUCAAAGGGGUGGAGUCACUAAAUUAAGAUGUAGUCUAGCAGAAACCAUGAGGGAAGUUAGAUGGAAGACUGAUAAAAUCCCUGAGAAUGAUCUGUUUGAUAGGAAAGGGAGCUGUAAGUUUUUCUUUUUUUUUUUUUUUUUACAAUGCUGCUGUCACCUGAGUUUGAUUCCCUGUCAGAGAUUUUUAGUUGACAGAUUUUAGUUUAUGUUUUUUUUUCUUUUGUCUGUCACUUGAAAUCCUUUUGAGCUAAUUUGCCUUAUUCUUGACAAUUUUUAAUCCUAGAAGUAGAGUUUUAGCUGUAGAUUUUAGCUUUUCAUAGAAUAGUUGAUGUUUCUCUGAUUGAUGCUGUUUUCUUGUGCACAUCUCUUUGUUUUGUUUUGUUUAACUUCACGUGAAUCUUUUCCGUUCCACAAACCUUGUCUGUCUGACAUCAUGUCUGGCCUGUUUGCAGAAAGCCUUUCAGAACGGAGAGCUGAACCAAAACAUUUAACUUCAUUUAGUAAUCAUCCAAAGGAUUCAUGCGGGCGCUCUGUGCGGGACGAACCUGGCUGUUUUUCAGCCUUUCAGCUUGGCACGGCGAGUUAAACUCUUGCCACCCAUUUGCAUCCAACCUCGUUAAUUUAUACAGACAUCGAAAAACUGUAGAUAUGUAGAUAAUAGAAAUAAGGGUUUUACAAAGGACUGCUCACUACUAGACCAUGGAAGUGCCAUUAAAGACGAUCCUUACAGCCUUUAGUGAGACAGCAAAGUCUGAAUGAAUUUGUGCAAAAUUCUGCAAAAACUGUUCUUAGCUAAGCCUUAACGUCUCCUCUCUGAAUGAACUGCCUCAUCUCUCAUAGGGUUGAGUUGUGUAUAUUCUGCAGAAAUGGCAGCAGGCUCGUGUGAACACCGUCGAGUUAGUCGUCAGUCCAGUUAGCUGCAGGGUCUGAGAGGAGCCUCCUCUUCCCACUCUUCUUCAGUCCUUCGUGUUUGAACCCAAGUGAAAAGCAGAGUGUAAUAAAGUCUUUCGAGUCGAGGUUUGAUGAUUCUCUUUGGGGUUUUUUUUAUUGACUUUUUUGAUGUGUUUGUGUCGUAAAUCUCUGCAACCAAAGAUGUUGUAGCCGCCCACCGUUUAGCUCUGUGUCUCAGAUGAACAGCCCCAGAGGCACUUGUCUGUUGUAUCUUUUCUGAUAGAUUCAGGAAGAGAAAUUUUGCAAUAAGGUUGUUCACAUGCACCCACUGGCUACAGCUAGGAGGAGUUUUUUUUCCACAAAUGAACCAAAAUAUUUGAACUAAAAUGGACAAUGCGAGAAGCAGUUACACGAGUAAGUAUACAUUAUGUCGGAGUGCAUGUAAACAGACUUGCGAAUGUUCUCAGUGGAGCUUUUGCGGAUGCCGGCAAACUUGGGACUUUUCAGAGACAAGAGCUAAUUUUGUAAAUAGCCUUCCUUUCCUUCCACUUGCUCUUUUCUUUUCACCAUUUUCUUUGUCUCUUUAGUGUGCUGUCUUGAUUUUAUCUUUCUUUUUUUUAUGAUUUGUAACUUGUCCAGAAAACACAGUGACUACCACGUUUUCAGAUUCACCAUGAAGGAAAAUGUUCAGAGAAAUUAUAUUCCAUGUAAUAGCCAUCACUUUUAAUACACAAACAAGAUUUUUGGAACUAUGAAAUGACCACAUGUUUGCAACACAAUGUUUGUUUGUUUAUUUAUGUUUUUCUUUACAGCAGAAAUCACUUUUCAGGAAACCAUGAUGAAUCCAGAAUGAAUUGGGAUUUUAGAGAAAAAGAUUCAUUGCACUUAUUUUUUAAUCCACACUAAAUUGAGAAUGCUUUUUUUUUUUUUUUUUUUUUUUGGUCCAUCCUUAUGUGGAUUUGAUGGCUUGUUUCAUAGUUUCAACAGGUUUUGCUGCUAAAACAGGAUUUCCAAACAGACAGUGAGAUGGUUUCCAUUGUAGAUAUUCGAAAUGUCUCUUUUUGCUUUCAUUUGGUUGAUAGUAGUGCUGCAAUUUUGAUUUUAAUUUUAACUCUAAUAUGUGGCUCUUUUCCCAACAGGAAAUACUAAACGCAGGUCUUGUUCCACAGCACUGUAUGAACUAAUCCAUUUUGAAAAUCCUCUGGGCUCAUCUCACUGCCUGCUUGUGAACAGUUUUCUUAUUUAUACAAGAACUCAUUUUGUACAGUUUUGUUAGAGGAAAGCGGUUUUGAUAUUUGGUUAUUUUGCAAAUGCCACUUGGCUACUUUUGUCUUCCUGUGCCAGAGUUGCUAAUUUGUCUGUAACUUUUUUUUUUAUUGAUUGUGAUAAGAUUUUACUUCUUCCUUGGUUUUCUCUUUGAAUUUGAAUAUGUCAGUUUUUCUUUUUUUUUUUUAAUAAAAACAUUGUUUUAA